AUGUCGAUCUUCUCCUACCUGGCCUCGGGCGUCAGCUCGUUCGUUGUCGUGACGCUGUCGCUGUUCGCGCUCGGCAGCAAGGUCCCGCGUGCCGCGUUCGUUGCGCGGUGUAUGGCGGCGUACGGCUCAUUGAUCCUGUGUGCGACAUACGGUGUGGUGGCCUCGAUCGUGCUGCGGCUGGUCGGGUACGGCCGGGUGUCGCAGUGGGCGACGGCGCGCAGCUUCAAGUGGGUGAUGCGGUACACGACGGGCGUGCGCUUCGACAUCGUCGAGGGGGUCGAGCAUUUGACCACCAGGCCGGCGGUGUUCAUCGGUAACCACCAGACGGAGCUGGACGUGCUCAUGCUCGGCACCAUCUUUCCUCCGUACUGCAGUGUGACGGCCAAGAAGUCGCUGCGCAAUAUCCCCUUCCUUGGCUGGUUUAUGACCCUGUCGCGCACCGUCUUCAUCGACCGGGGCAACCGCGAGACGGCCGUCAAGGCUGUCGAUGGCGCUGCCGACGAGAUCCGCAACCACCGCCAGAGCGUCUUCAUCUUUCCCGAGGGCACCCGUAGCUACUCGGACAAGCCGGAACUGCUCCCCUUCAAGAAGGGCGCCUUCCAUCUCGCCGUCAAGGCCGAGGUUCCCAUCGUCCCUGUGGUUGUCGAGAACUAUUCGCAUGUCAUGUCGCCGCGGGCGCUGCGCUUCAAUGCGGGGGUCAUCAAGAUCAAGGUUCUCCCCCCUAUCAGUACUAAAGGUCUCACAGCCGCCGACGUCAACGAGUUGACCAAGUCAACCCAGGAGAUGAUGCUUAGCACUCUCGUUGAGAUGUCCCAUGCAGAGAAAUCGGAGAUCACCACGGCUCCCAAUGCAGUCUCGUCGGCAAUCGAAAUUUAA